GCACGAAUGCACAAACCUACCCUUCUCUACAUAAAUGUCUGACUUUCUCCCGGAUUUUUAACCGGGAAAAGCUACUUCACUGUGCACCCACCUGUGUUUGAAAAUUUUUCCCUUUUUUAAUCUAAAAAAACAAAGAAGAGAGAAAGCGACCGUGUUCAGAGUCCAAAAGUCCGUACAAGGCUCCAACAGGAAUUGUUUAGCGUGUUGAUGGUUUAUUAAUUGAGGUCUUUCUUUUCUAUCAAAUUCUUCCAUCCAUGGAUUCUUUAAAGGGCUCUUGUUCGGAGAUGCUUUUGUCGAUUUUGUGGCAUACAUUUGCUUCGACUCGUUUCUUCUCUUGGAGGACUAUAUAUUUGGUGAUAAAUGGUGAACAUCGUUGGACCUAAGAGUUAACAUUGAAUCUAUCAGCUUUAUUGGAAAUUUAUGUCUCUUUCCGUAAGUCAGUAGCCUCGGCUUAAAUGUUAAUCAUCCCUCGGAAACGGUGGCUUUGGUUUUGCUACGGAAGCUCUUUGCUUCUCUUUGGUUUCCUUGUUGUUAUUUCUGGAGGCUCUCUCUUGUAUCAGACGUUUUGGAUUGUCUGUCUCGAGGAUUGUAACGGUAAGAAGUCACGGAUUGUUAAAGAGACCGUUUUUAGUUUGAACAAGCAUGAGGAAAAAUGCCCAUCCUCAUUCUGGAAGGGCAUUUACUGAAAGGAGGUGGAUUCUUCCAUUUUUUGCGAGUCUGCUCAUUUCCCUUACUCUGUUUUUGGCCACUCUGUUUGGGAUUUUCUCCUCUCCCAGUGAUGGAGAUCCAUUGUCCCUUGACUUUAUCUCAUUUUCACCAAUGGAGGAUUCCAGUGACUACUUUGUGGAAUCAGACUUGAAGAUAUCUUUUGAUCAGGCUGGACGUUCAAACAUGGAAGCACCAAGAAUAGCUUAUCUCAUUUCAGGAACAAAAGGUGAUACCCAGAGAAUGAGGAGGACUUUACAGGCUGUGUACCACCCCAGGAAUCAAUAUAUUUUGCAUUUGGAUCUUGAGGCUCCUCCCCGCGAAAGAAUAGAAUUGACCACAACUAUAAAAAGUGAUCCAACAUUUCGAGAAGUGAAGAAUGUGCGUGUAAUGGAACAGUCGAACUUGGUAACUUACAAGGGCCCUACAAUGAUUGCUUGUACCCUUCAGGCUGUAGCUAUUAUGUUGAGGGAAAGCAUUGAUUGGGACUGGUUUGUUAACCUCAGUGCUUCAGAUUAUCCUCUUGUCACACAAGAUGAUCUGCUUCAUGUUUUUGCCAAUCUGUCCAGGGAUCUCAAUUUUAUUGAACAUACACCAAUUGCUGGGUGGAAAUUGAACCAGAGGGCAAAACCAAUCAUCAUUGACCCAGGUCUUUACUUAUCGAAAAAAUCUGAUAUUUUUUUGACUACUCAACGCCGUUCCCUUCCAACAUCUUUCAAAUUGUUUACAGGUUCGGCAUGGAUAAUGCUUAGUAGAUCCUUCCUUGAAUACUGCAUAUGGGGUUGGGACAACCUCCCUCGUACUGUCCUUAUGUACUACACAAAUUUUGUCUCCUCCCCGGAAGGUUACUUCCACACUGUCAUCUGCAAUACAGAGGAGUUCAACAAAACUGCUGUGAGCCAUGACCUCCACUACAUUGCUUGGGAUAAUCCUCCAAAGCAGCAUCCUCGCUUGUUAACAAUCAAAGACUUUGAUAACAUGGUAAAAAGUGGGGCCCCAUUUGCUCGGAAGUUCACCAAGGAUGACUCAGUCUUGGACAAGAUUGACAAAGAGCUUCUGGGUAGGUCUGAAGGCAGGUUUGCUCCUGGUGCAUGGUGCAUUGGAAGCUCUGAUGGAGGGGUUGACCCCUGCUCCUUGAGAGGUGAGGAUUCAGUAUUUCGGCCAGGCCCAGGUGCUGAGAGGUUGAAAGAAUUGUUUCAGAAGCUUUUGUCUGAAGAUCUUUAUAGCAAGCGUUGUUCAUUUCAGACGUCAGAAUCAGUUAAUAGAAGUGUACAUUGAUGCAUUAAUAGAUGUAAAUGGUUGAUGUUGAUGUAAAUUGACUUGGUUAUAUAGUUAAUGCGCGCUUUAAAGAAUGGUGGGAAUGCUUCAAAGCGUGCCCGCGUGGUUGGCUCGGGCAUGUGGAGGUGGAGCCAAUAACCAAAGGAAGCAACAAAGAAGUGAUUACAGAUUAGUGAAGAAAGAAAAAUUGUCGGUGCGGCACUGCGGUCUUCUACUUGAGAUGUUAUAGGGAAAAAGCCGAAAUGGCCCUGAAUUACUAUAAACAAAGGCAUAUACAAUGGGCUAUGCAUCCAAUCAAGAGUGAACACGUCAGCGUGUUUUUCCUGUUACUAGCUUCUUGUACAUUCCUUUGUUUUUUUCUUUUUUUCUUUUUGGUGGUUGUACGCAGGUGUUCACUACCCUCACUCUGAUUUUUAUAUUAGUUUGGCUGUCAAACAUGGAUAGCCAAACUGUUUUGUUUGUUCUGAAAAAAAAAUUGGUUGUUUAAAUCCGGACAGCCUUAACAGGCCUUUCCCUGCAUCAUGUCAUUUUGGCUCAAGUUUGGUUGCAAAUUUACAUUAGCGUAAUGCAUGGGAGUGCAAA